AUGUCUUCUACCGGAGGCUUGGCCGCUGCAUCGCGGGGCUCAGCGGGCAGAGGCGCGCCGCGGAACUCCUCCAUGGACUCCGCCAUCUCAGCGAUUUCCACCAGAUCGCAGUCGCACAGAGGCGCGGCUGGUAGUCAAUCUGAUCCCACGGAUAUUGAGGGGUUGAUUAAGACGGCAGGAAGCCCGGAGGCAGUAAUCCAGUACCUUUUGAAAGAAAAGAACUCCCAAUCGCAACAGAACGCGCAGUUAUGGCGCCUAGUCGACAAGCAGAGAGCCAUGAUCCUGGGGCUAAACAAAGAUUUGGAACGGGCGUUGAAAGACAAGGAGAAAUACCGAAAGAAGUUGAAAGAAGUCAUGUCAGUACCGGAACUGACAGGGGCUGAUGGAUCCAAAACUGGCAGCAAGGUCCUCAAGAUGCCUGUCAGCAGAGGAAUACCGACAGUCGACGUCAGCGCCCCCAAGGAACGACAGGUUGUUGCGCCGGACUCGCCAACUCUAGACUCUGACAGCCAAAAGCAUUCGCCCGUGGAUAUGUCCAUGGCCCCCUACCCGAUCACCCCUCCCGCAGACCAGCCCAAUGGCCCUCCAUCAGCCGUUGGGGCUUUGUUGGACCCAUCUCAUGAGAUGCCCAAAGCACAUGAGCACGCUUAUGACCAGUUCGACCAUGAUGCCGAGGAACAAGCCGCGGAGGCGGCGAGGAGGGAGCAUGAGGAUGAACAAAUCGUGGAUCUCCCCCUGAAUUUUGGCUUCCCACCAUCUCGGAGCCUACCCAGCCAGCCGCCAAGCAUGCCUCCCCCAAAACCUCCUAUGGUACCAGAGUCGACAUCCACCGCCGGCGAAGGACUCUCACAAUUUCCGGCUCCACCCCCGCGAAAACCCCUCCCUGCCCCUUUACAGCUCCAGAGCCAAGCUCAACCAGGCCCUGAAGACGACGAGUCCGACUCCGAUUUCGACGACAUCUUGGAGGUGGAUGAUGUUCGCGCUGAGCAACGUGGUCGUCGCAGAACACGCGAGGAGGACGACCACGACCGGGAGAUCUUGGCUAUUCAAGAGGCUGAGAGGAGGAGCUUGUCUAAGAAGAGCACGACACAGAGCCAGGCAGCGUCACCGACCGAAGCCAUUCCCGAUGCCCCGACCAGUUUGCCACCAAGCCCACCGAAAAGAAUGCAGCGUGAGAAUGCCCCGGCUUCGCUAGGAGGAGUUCUGAGCGCCAACACCCUCGAAGCUCCCUUGCUGAGCCCUGGGUUGCCAUCAAGCCCGCGUCCGAUUGGGGUGCCCUCAUCUGAUAGCCCUACGCCCAGUGUUUCGUCAUUUCCUGCUGCACCUCUGUCGCCACGGCCUCCGCGCCAGCCGAUACCCCUCCCACCGGGCCACUCACUUCAAACACCAGCAGGCCCGGAGCCUUUGGUUCUCAAGAGUCCUCAGCCUUUAAACAUUGUCAAGAAGGGAUGGGACUCAGCAAGCGAGAAGAGCCGCGGUAGUCCUACGGAACGCGGCCGCAUCUUCAAGGGUUUUACCACCGAGGAGUACCCUGACCUGCUCCUUCCGCCGAAUGUAUUGCCGACAAUCAAGGUAAAGGUUGCGUCCUCGCGCAUGAAACCGUCUCGAGCAAGUUUGAUGUCUUUGACACAACUGGAAGAGGAUCCCGUUUUUACCCUGGCCAUAUACUCGCGUUCUGAGCCAGGUGAGCUUUGGCGGGUAGAGAAGGACUCUGCUUCGCUCGCAAAGCUCGACCAUAGACUUAAGCAGUGUCCAGUCUUCACUGCAAAGACCCCAGAGAGGUCACUUUUCAGCGGCCACGCGCCUGCUAAGCUCGAUGCCCGUCGACUUGCUCUCAACCACUAUCUGGAUGAGCUGUUGGAGACUCCAUUGGAUACUGCCAGUGCCCUCGAGCUCUGCAAGUACUUGUCGACGCAUACGCUGCCACCGAACGCAGAUGACGCCGGUUCGAUGGAGAGCAUGGCGGAGGCUAAGGUCAAGACAGGCCCGGGCGGCCGCCCUUUCAGGACUGGAUACCUCACCAAGAGAGGUAAGAACUUUGGUGGCUGGAAGGCCCGCUUCUUUGUCCUUGAUGGUCCCCAUUUGAAAUACUACGAAACGCCCGGGGGCGCUCAUUUGGGCACAAUCAAGCUCCCCAGCUCUCAAAUCGGCAAACAGUCUCAAAGCAACGAAAAUCAAUCACCGCAACCGUCUGCCAACUCGGACGACGUGGACAAUCAGUACCGCCAUGCGUUCCUAAUUCUUGAGCCCAAGAAAAAGGACUCGAGUAGCCAUGUGAAGCAUGUGCUUUGCGCCGAGAAUGACAGGGAAAGAGACCAAUGGGUCGAUGCUUUGCUCCGAUGGAUCGAUUACAAGGAUCCAGAAGAGGAAGACGCCCAUGCCGCGAAGCAGCACGCCCAAGACCGCCAGAACGCUAGCAUAGCCGAGCGCGCCGAGAAGAAGAAGCAACGAUACAAGAAGACGGCUUCACAACACCAUCAGCCUACUGAAUCCGACAGCCUGAUAGGUGUGAGGUACGACGCAACGUCUCAAGGCGACCUUCCUCACCACGGCGGACCUGCACGUCCCAGAAAUGCCGGACAGAUUCCAGAGAACAGCCUUCCUGUUGAACCCAUGGGAAUGUCCUCGCAGCCGUCCAUGAUGAUCUCCGCCCCGCGAGACAUGCAAGUCAUUGCGGACUCUGCUCAAUGGGGCAAUAAGUCAGGUCUUGGCGUUCCCAUCAACGAGGAGAAGAAGCUGAAGAAACGAAGCUUCUUCGGUUUUGGCACCAAGACGAGAUCUUCGUCUGAUGGCCAGGAUUCUCUGUUUGGUGGAAGCGAAGGCGGCUCGUCGACACCGCCCCAAGGCGGGUAUCAGGGACCUAUUCGCCAAGCUUUCGGAGCUCCUUUGGCAGAAGCUGUCCGGUAUAAUCAUCCUGUUGAUGUCAAUGUGCCGCUCCCAGCUGUAGUGUACCGAUGCAUCCAGUACUUGGAUGCUAAGAAUGCUAUUCUGGAGGAAGGCAUUUUCCGCCUGAGCGGCUCGAACAUUGUUAUCAAACAGCUUCGCGAGCGCUUCAACACCGAGGGCGACGUCAACCUCGUUACCGACGAGACAUAUUACGACAUUCACGCUGUGGCGUCGUUGUUGAAGUUGUAUCUCCGUGAACUACCAACAACAAUACUCACUCGGGACCUUCACCUCGAGUUCCUCUCCGUGACGGAGAUGACGGACCAGAGAGACAAGAUAAUCGCCGUGUCCGAACUGGUCCAGAGACUGCCCCAAGCAAACGCCACCUUACUCAAGUACCUGAUUGCCUUCUUGAUUAAAAUCAUCAACAAUGCAGACAUGAACAAGAUGACGGUUCGCAACGUGGGCAUUGUGUUCUCUCCGACUCUGAACAUCCCGGCCCCGGUGUUUGCCCUGCUUUUGCAAAACUACUUUGGCAUCUUCGGCCUGGAACCCGAACAGUAUGAGCUGCCGUCUUCCUUCGCCGACGGAGAACCGGCCCGAGAGAGGUCAGGCUCUCUCCCAUCCAUGAACAAUGGGCUUCCCACUCGACCCUCAUACGACCCAUCUCAACAUGCGCGUCCUUCCACAUCAGCGGGGUCCAGCCAAUCACCACAUCGCCAGAGACUGAUGGAAGCCAUGACCGGCCAGCAACGCGCCGGUGGCACACCCCCUCCUCUACUACAGGACCUGCAGAGUGCUCGGUCGUCUCCCACGCCACCACCGAAUUACCCCGUCGGCCGUGGCACAACAUAUGAGCCACAGUACUUGCCUUCUGGAUAUCAGACCAACGGCUACCAACAGAUGGCCCGCGGGUACGACAGUGGUUCUUCAGGCUACGACCAGCCUAAAAGACGCGAGAGUGCCAUCUUUAUGGGCAACAUGGUUGGCCUCAACCCGCAAAGCUCCAAGAGCCGCUUGCGAGAAGAGACCCAGUUCUGA